AUACGAGUUUAUUUUACUGUUACCACUGUUGUUGCUGUCGUCCUGAAUAAAUAAAUAAAUAAAUAAAUAGAUUUUUUUAAAAGUGGCUUCUUCCUGUCGCAUGCCUAGUGACGUAUCUAACAUAAUAGUUGACGUAUAUUCCCCGCGCCGCUAAACUUGGUACACAAUGGCGGGUGCUCAACCGAAGCCGAAAGAUAACGAAGAUUGUUCUUUACUCCCUCUAGUUCAUGAUAUUAUCAAAUGUAUGGAGAAGGAUAGCCAGGAUGUCCACCAAGAACUGGCUAAGCUGAAGGUGAGGAUCCAGGAGGCCCGGGAGCAGAUCUCCAACAUGCCCGGGAUAGACUGUAGUCCUCCAGAGCAGCAGCAGCAGCUGACGACUCUACGGGAGCAGGUCCGCACCAAGAACCAGCUUCUGCAGAAAUACAAAAGUUUAUGCAUGUUUGAGGUUCCAAAAGCCUCCUGAGACAUACUGUGUGAACCUGUCCACUCCAAGACUCAGCUCUUGCAGAAAUAUGAACUUUUGUGCACAAUUGAGGUGCCAAAAGCUUCCUGAGACAGUCAGCUGCAUGUGUCCUCACCCAC